GCUGUUUCUUGCAGAGACUUCUCUUUAAGGGACUGGACUCAUUUGACGGCAAAUAAAUGACAGCAAUAGAAAGACAUCUGAUCGAGAGGCUUACUUUGGAGCUGCUUAUGACUUGACGUCUCCAUGAGCUGCAGUGCAGAGUUAGGACACAGCUUCCCGUGGUCUUCCAGUGCAUCAUGACAUCGAAGUUUUCAACCUUCUUAAUCAAAGACAUUCUUACCGGCCUGGAGGCUCCCUGUGGGAAUCCCGGCAACACAGCUGCAGAGGAGCUUUGCGCACUUGCGCGUAAUUUACGUGCGGGCUUUGAUAACGCCAUUCAGAAAAGACUUUCUCCUGGUAAACGCGUGUCUGAAAGCCACCGAUCCGGCACCGGCAAGAAAGAAGGAGGGGCUGCGACUCACUUCAGAGAAGGCACCGCAGAGCGUGCAGGCAUCCAGUAUGUGGAGCAGAAUAAGCGGCAAAGGAACCAGGUGGAAGCAGGAAUGAAGGGGUUUCACCACUACCACCACCACCACGGCGGGGAGACAUCCAGCUGUUCCCCCGAGGAGAGCCACUGCGCCGCUGCGAAGAAGCGCUCCAGAGCGGCUUUCUCCCACGAGCAGGUCCACGAGCUGGAGCGCCGUUUCAGCGCCCAGAGGUACCUCUCUGGUCCCGAGCGGGCAGACCUGGCAUGCGCCUUGAAACUCACAGAGACACAGGUGAAAAUCUGGUUCCAGAACCGGAGAUACAAAACGAAACGGCGCCAGCAGGCCACUGACCUGGCGGCGCUCAGCUCACCAAAGACAGUGGCGGUUAAAGUACUGGUGAGAAAUGAGCAAAAGCAGUGGAUUCCGGGCAGUGGAGCCCACCUUCCCACGACUGUGCCACUGUACUACGGCUAUCAGUACCAGCAGCCCCACCUACACCAAUGCUACCAGCCUUACAGCACUGACAGGUUAUAUGGAGGAACGUUCUAAUGUUUAUGUUGCUUGCAAACUUCACAUGUGAAUCUUUGUAGAAAAUCUUUUUUACGCCCUUCUGGAAAAAUCAAUUACAUAAUAAUAAUAAUAAUAAUAAUAAUAAUAAUAAUAAUAAUAAUAAUAAUAAUAAUAAUAAUAAUAAUAAUAAUAAUAAUAAUAAUAAUAAUAAUAAUUUAGGUGCGUUUCAAAGUUAGACACUUCGCUUAGAAUCUCCAAGAUUUAAUUUUGAAAUCAUUUGAGUUGCACGCAGCUCAUUCGGGUGGUCAGAAAAGGGAAAUAAUUAUGUAUUUUUAGUUUUGCUGUAGGAGUAACUCUUCACAAUUUGGGAGAGCAGAAAAACGUCACCCCCUUUUAUUUCAUCAAACCCUUGCUGAAUUGAUUCCAAAGACGGUACAAAAAUCUUUUGUUCCACCAUAAAUAAAUAUUCUGCUUCUCCGCUUUAUUCUUACUGUACAUUUGAAUGUUUCAUUUUUACUAUUUCCUUAAAGAAAAAAACAAACAAACUAAACGCUUGUGAUACACGUUUUAUUUGUUUUUGAAUUGUAUACACAUAAACUUUGGGAAGAGUUUGCUGAGAUUUAAACCAGGAGUGGGUCUCUGGUGCCUCUAGCGGUCAUUGGACGAGAAGCGGAUUACAGUCUGGACAAGUCACCAGUCCAUCAUGAGCUAAUACAAAAACAAACCUCCAUGCUCAGACCAGCUCUGCUCCAAGAGCAGAUUAGAGUAACGGAGCAGCCUUAAUUGUGAGAGGAAGCCUGAGGACCCGGAGAGAACCCACGCACCAGGACAAUGUACAAACUCCAUGCAGAAAGACCCAAUUCAAACCUAGGACUCUUUUGAUGCAAUUCAGCAGUGCUAAGUACUGCCAACAAAUAGCCUACCUCAAAAUAUAUGAGAAAAAAAAGGAGUCAUAUUGUAUUAACAUGUAACAGUUUCUGAAGUUUAUUCUCAGCAUAUAGUUUGCAUUUUUAUGUUUUAUGUUUUCACCACAGCAGCUUCUACGAGCCUCCAUAAGCCACCUGAGUACGAUUUCAAAACCUACUAUGAGUAAAAAAAAUCUUACCUUUAUGAAUGAAAUCUAGAGAUCAUCUGUGACAAAUUUAGUUGUUGAUUUUCCUCAUGGGGCAUAUUUAAUGAUCAUUAAAACUUCAUGAAACACCAACAUUAACGUGUGAGCUUUGUUGAAGGGGUUCUGUGCCUUAUAAAAUAUUUAAUCAGUAAGGACUGAAAUUUGUUUUGUUUGUGCGAUUUUAUUUUGCACCUAAAAUGCUGUUUGUAGGAAUUUAACACCUCAGUUAUAUGUCUUUGAGCUUAAUGUUCACAACUCUUUUAUAUAAACGAGUCGUGAACUCUUUUACUCCUUUGUGCGACAACAAAGGAGUAUGCUGUUUAGUUCUUUUCCCAGUUGUGGAUGAAUGAGUCAGAGAGGGCAAAUGAACCAUGAAGAUGUUGUACCAUCCAACCCCUCCGCCCCAUACAGGGAAGCAGACAUUAAUCACUGUUUUACUGACAGGAAAAAACCCUCAUGGUGAAGGAAUUGGCACAAUGAUCACGAGUGAAGCGAAAAAAAAAAAUAAAAUAAAAUAAAAAUUCCUACUCAAGUGGAAGAGUGUAUUCAUAACUAUACCUUGUGCCCAGACUGUUGACAUGCUGUGACAUUAAAAUGCUUUGAUGUAAAA